AUGAGGCCAAUCCUUCUCCAGGGACAUGAACGAUCCCUGACCCAGAUCAGAUUCUCGCGCGACGGCGACCUGCUCUUCUCUGUCGCCAAAGAUAAGAAUAUAUGCGUUUGGUACUAUGCCAACGGUGAGCGGCUAGGCACCUACUCCGGCCAUCUGGGUGCCCUCUGGACCAUCGACCCGUCUCCCAACACCAUCCUGCUGGCCUCGGGCGCCGCAGACAACUCCGUCAAGCUAUGGAACAUCAAGACCGGCGAGUGCGUCAAGACAUGGGACUUCCCCACCGCCGUCAAGCGGGUAGAGUUCUCCGCCGAUGGAUCGAAGCUGUUGGCCGUCACCGAGAAGCGAAUGGGGUACCUGGGCACCAUCGUCGUGUUUGAUAUUGCCUACGGAGACGGCGAGGGGAACAAUCUACACGAACAGGCCGACGAGCCCAUUCUGAAGAUCACCUGUGAGGAGAGCAAGGCUACCGUUGCCGGCUGGAGCUAUCUGGGGAAAUACAUCAUUGCAGGACACGAGGAUGGAAGUGUCAGCCAGUAUGAUGCAAAGACUGGCGAACAGCUGGAGAACGUACAGGCCCACGAGCUCGACUGCAAGAUCACCGACCUCCAGUUCUCCGCUGACAGGACAUACUUCAUCACCGCCUGCUCCGACAAAACCGCCAAGAUCCUCUCCUCAAGCACGCUCGAAAUCCUCAAGACCUACACCGCCGACACCCCCCUCAACACCGCUGCCAUAACCCCAAAGAAGGACUUUGUCGUCUUAGGUGGUGGCCAGGCCGCCAUGGACGUCACCACCACCUCCGCCAGACAAGGAAAGUUCGAGGCCCGGUUCUACCACAAGAUAUUCGAGGACGAGAUCGGCCGUGUCAGAGGCCACUUCGGUCCCCUGAACACGAUUGCCAUCCACCCUGCCGGCGUGGGAUAUGCGUCCGGCGGAGAGGACGGAUACGUACGUGUGCACCACUUUGAUAAGUCCUAUCAUGACUUUAUGUACGAGGUUGAGAGGGAACAGUUGAGGAAGUGA